CGGCUCGAUGCAUCGGCCCUUGCCAUGGGGCCAUGGCGAGUGGUGGGGGGCGCAGAGAAGGGCGGCAUCCUGGUGCGUCGUGGCGCAGGUCUGGAGUCUGAAGUCCUUUCAGAGCGCCUGAGCUGCGGGGCCUUGGUGCAAGAGCUUUCGCGCCAGAACUCACGGCUCCAGUUUCGGCUGCUGCAGGGCCACGGGCCUUCCAGGGGCUGGGUGAGCGUCCGAGUCAAAGACACUGCGCUGCUUGUUGAGGAGUCCCACGAGGCGACCGAGCCGAAGACGAAAGAGGAGUGCUGCUUCCGGGCCGCGCACUUCACCUUCAAAGAUUUGAGAGGUUCGAAGCAGCAGACGUCCGCAUGGAACACCAUGGAGCGGGCGCUCUUUUUUCAGAGCCAGGGCAAGUGGGACCCCUCGGUGCUGCAGGCGUUGCGGCGAGCGCCGGUGGCCAGGGGUCGGCUCCGCGUGUCUGUGGUGACGCCCACCUCGCAGCGCCGCGCAGGGUUCCAUCAGCAGCUGUGGACCUGUUUCGCGGCUCAGACGUGGGAGGAGAAAGAGCUCGUGGUGAUCGAAACCGGGAAGGCCUCCAAGCCCUCCAAGUUCCUCAGUAACCUCGCUCACGCGCAUGCGAACGUGGUGCACGUGUCGCUGGAUGAGGACUUCAGCAUCGGCUGCAAGCGGAACCUCGGCAUCUACUUGGCCUCCGGCGAUGUCGUGGUGAACUUUGAUGAUGACGAUGUCUAUGGGCCCAGCUACAUCGAGACCAUGGUCUCCGAGCUGGAAAGCCGGAAGCUGGCAGCCCUGACUCUCAGUGCUUGGUACGACUUCGACCUCCGCCUCCGCCGCUGCGGCUACGUGGAGCCCGAGGUGAUGCACGAGCUAGACCUCUGUCGGAACCCGAGCAAGGCCCCGCUGAGUGCCAGCGCUGAGCUGUGGGCGCUGCGGGCAGAUGCCGUGGACUCGGCGGUGUAUGGCUACGGCUUCUCCUAUGUGUACUUGCGGGCGGCGGCGCUGCAGCACCCCUUCCCCGACCGCAACAUGUGCGAGGACAUCGCCUUCAUGCGGGAGCUUCGGAGCCGGGAGAAGGUGGGCCUGAAGCGUGACACGGAGGGGAUUUGCCUGCACAUCAUGCACGGCGGCAACACCGCAGACUCGAUGCUGCACCGCGUGGUGCAAGCUGAUGAGCUGGCCAAGCUGGAGGUGGCCAAGUUGAGGUCGCAACUGACCUUUCUAGAGGUUCAGCCGGACCUUUCGCAGGCCAAGGAGAAGCGGGGACGCUUCUUCGUAAGGGCCGGGACGUCAGCAAUGAUGAGAGCAUUCCAGGCUGCGAUUGAGGAUGAGGUCAGGUUUGCAGCCAGAUGCGUGGACAAGGGGAUCUCGCUGCGGGAGCUGGAUGAGAGUGGGAGCAUUUGGUGAGGGAUGCGAAUGGAUAGCCAGUUUCCACUGUGCAACGAGCCAUCCCAUUGGUUUCGAGAGGCAGUUGCAGGAUUGCGUCAAGCACCUGGAUCCUUGGAGAACAUCAGAUUAUUCCAUGCGUGCGAGCGCCAGCCUGUUCGUCCAACACAUCGGCUCAACGCUCAGCGCAGCAAGACCGUGGCACUUGGAUCGGAGCCAUGACAGAGGCCUUCCAUGACAUUCCGAGAUUUCCGCAUGGCUGAAGCAGAGAUCUGCAACGAGUUGGGCUGCAUCACCAGCCAAAAGGAUUCGGUGCCAUGGAGUUCUCGGGCGAGAUUGGGGGUUGACUAAGGUUCGACUUGCGCCGGGUGCCCCUGUUACAUCAUUGACUGGACAGCCCCUUCAAGGCGUAGAACUUCCAGCCGGUUUGAAGAAGAUCAUGUCGUUUGCCAUCAAAUCGACAGACACUGAUGAAUAAUAACUUUGAUUUUAUA